AUGGCGUCCUCAUCCUCGACACCCCUUUUUACGGUGAGAUGGGGCAUCAUGGCCACGGGGUGGAUUGCCGAGACCUUCACCAAGGACCUCCUCACCAACCCCGCCUCGCGCGGCGUUGACGACGUGCGGCACGAGCUCAUCGCGGCCGCGUCGUCCAGCUCCAAGCAGACGGCCGACGGCUUUCUGGCAAAGGUCAAGGCUCCGAGCUCGGCCAAGGCCUACGGCUCGUACCACGAGCUGGUCGCCGACCCCGACAUCGACAUCGUCUACGUCGCCACCCCCCACAGCCACCACUUCCAGAACGCCAUGCUCGCCCUCGACGCCGGCAAGAACGUGCUCUGCGAGAAGUCGCUGACCGUCACCGCCGCCCAGACCCACAAGCUCGUCGCCACCGCCCGCGCUAAGAACCUCUUCUUCAUGGAGGCCGUCUGGACCCGCUACUUCCCCCUGAGCAUCCAGGUCCGCAAGCUGAUCCAGGACGGCGCCAUCGGCACAGUCUACCGAGCCAUUGCCGACUUGUCCCUCGGCAAUGACAUCGGGGACGGUAACUUGAGCUUUGCCGACUCCCACCGCAUGGUCAACCCCGACCUGGCCGGUGGCGCCCUCCUGGAUCUCGGCAUCUACUCGCUCACGUGGGUCUUCCAGGCGCUGUACCACGUGCAGCCCGAGGAGGAGAAGGAGGCGCCGGACGUGCUGGCGGCCGUGACCAAGUACCACACGGGCGCCGACGAGUCGACGAGCAUCAUCCUGCAGUUCCCCAAGCACAAGACCACGGGCAUCGCGCUGACGUCGCUGCGCAUCGCCACCGACGUCGACGGCCACAACACGGCCGGCCCGGCCAUCCGCAUCCAGGGCUCGGCCGGCGAGAUCCAGGUCAUGGGCCCCGCCUACCGCCCACUGCAGUACAGGGUCGUGACGAAGAGCGGCGGCGGUAAGGUCGACGUCGUCGACUGCCCCAUCCCGCGCGACGACGCCCGCGACUGGGGCCACGGCAUGUUCUGGGAGGCCGACGAGGCCGCCCGCUGCCUGCACGACGGCAAGCGCGAGAGCGCCUCGCUGCCCUGGAGCGAGAGCAUCGCCAUCAUGGAGGUCAUGGACGAGGCGCUGAAGCAAGGCGGCGUGACGUACUCAGACCUGAUCACGACCGACAUCUACGACCCGCAGAGCCCCUUAAAUACCGGUAAGCGGUGA